CGCCGGCUCUUGUCCUGCGCCGCCGCUCCCCGGCCUCGCGCAGAGUGUCGCUCGCGGGAGUCAGACGCGGGAGGGGGGCGCGGCGGUCCUCCGAAGCCCCCAGCGCCGCACCGAACAGCGGCAGCAGCAGGCUCUUGAGGGGAAGGGCCCCCAUCCCGCCUCAUCAUGUCUCGCCGAAGCCAGCGCCUCACCCGCUACUCCCAGGCUGACGACGACAGCAGCAGUGGUGGGAGCUCGGUGACGGGCAGCCAGGGCACCCUGUUCAAAGACAGCCCUCUCAGGACCUUGAAGAGGAAAUCCAGCAACACGAAGCGCCUCUCCCCAGUGCCUCAGUUGGGCCCCUCUGCCGACACGCACACCUCCUACUACAGCGAGUCAGUGGUCAGGGAGUCCUACUUUGGCAGCCCCCGGGCCGCCUCCCUCGCCAGGAGCGCCAUCCUCGACGACCAGCUGCAAAGUGACCCCUACUGGAGUGAGGACUUUCGGGUGAGGAGGUCGAGAGGCACAGGUGGCAGAGAGAGUGGCAAGAUCAACGGGCUCCCGGAGAGCAAGAUCUCUGAGGACUUCCUCGGGUCUUCCUCUGGCUACUCUUCCGAGGAUGACUAUGUGGGAUACUCAGAGACAGACCAGAGGAGUCCAGGUUCACGGUUAAGCAACGCUUUUUCUCGGGCAGGCUCUUUCUUGUGGAUGGUGGUCACCUCUCCAGGCCGGCUCUUUGGACUCCUGUACUGGUGGGUUGGCACCACCUGGUACCGCCUGACAACAGCCGCCUCCCUCCUUGAUGUCUUCGUUUUAACCAGGCGCUUUUCGUCUCUGCGGACGUUCCUGUGGUUCCUCCUGCUGCUGCUGCUCCUGACGGGCCUGACCUACGGCGCUUGGUUUUUCUACCCUUAUGGGCUGCAGACCUUCCACCCUGCUAUGGUUUCCUGGUGGGCAGCGACAGGGGGCAGCAGACAGCGUGAAGUGUGGGAGUCCAGAGACUCGUCCCCACAUCUCCAGGCUGAGCAGCGCAUUCUGUCCCGAGUCCACGCUGUGGAGCGGCGCCUGGAAGCUCUUGCUGCUGAAUUUUCCUCCACCUGGCAGAAGGAGGCCAUGCGGCUGGAACGCUUGGAGCUACGGCAAGGGGCCGCUGGUGAGAGAGGUGGUGGCAGCCUGAGCCACGAGGACACCCUGGCACUCCUGGAGGGACUGGUGAGCCGGCGUGAGGCCGCUCUGAGGGAGGACUUCCGCAAGGACACCGCUGCUCGGAUCCAGGAAGAACUGGUCACCCUGAGGGCAGAACAUCAACAAGACGCAGAAGACCUGUUCAAGAAGAUUGUCCUGGCUUCCCAGGAGUCUGAGGCUCAACUCCACCAGCUGAAGUCCGAGUGGCAAAGGAUGACCCAGGAGUCCUUCCGGGAGAACUCCAUGAAGGAGCUGGGGCGGCUGGAGGGGCAGCUGGCAGGCCUGCGGCAGGAGCUGGCAGCCCUGAGCCUGAAGCAGAGCUCCGUGGCAGACCAAGUGGGCCUGCUGCCGCAGCAGGUUCAGGCCAUGAGGGACGACGUGGAGUCUCAGUUCCCCACCUGGGCCAGUCAGUUCCUUCUCCGAGGUGGGGGAACCCGCAGCGGACUCCUUCAGAGAGAGGAGAUGCAAGCCCAGCUGCAGGAGCUGGAGGGCAAGAUCCUCGCCCACGUGGCAGAGAUGCAGGGCAAGUCAGCGAGGGAGGCUGCAGCCAGCCUGGAGCUGACACUGCAGAAGGAAGGUGUGAUUGGGGUGACAGAGGAGCAGGUGCACCGCAUUGUAAAGCAGGCCCUGAAGCGCUACAGUGAGGACCGCGUCGGGAUGGUGGACUAUGCUCUGGAGUCCGGAGGGGCCAGUGUUAUCAGUACCCGAUGUUCCGAGACCUACGAGACCAAGACGGCCCUCCUCAGCCUCUUUGGCAUCCCCCUUUGGUACCACUCCCAGUCACCCCGAGUCAUUCUCCAGCCAGACGUUCACCCAGGCAACUGCUGGGCCUUCCAGGGGCCUCAGGGCUUUGCUGUUGUCCGCCUUUCUGCCCGCAUCCGCCCCACAGCUGUCACCUUAGAGCAUGUGCCAAAGUCCUUGUCGCCCAACAGCACCAUUUCCAGCGCCCCCAAGGACUUUGCUGUCUUUGGGCUCGAUGAAGACCUGCAGCAGGAGGGGAUGCUUCUUGGCCAGUUCACCUAUGACCAGGAUGGGGAGCCUAUUCAGACCUUUUAUUUUCAGGACCCUAAAAUGGCUACAUACCAGGUGGUGGAGCUAAGGAUCCUGACUAACUGGGGCCACCCCGAGUACACCUGCAUCUACCGCUUCCGGGUGCACGGGGAGCCUGCCCACUAGGCCUUCUCUGCACUGCUGCCAGCCAGGAGGCCAACUCCUUUCAGCACAUGCCCCCUUCUCUGGGAGUUGGAGCACAGCACCUCUGCCACGUCCCCCACAUGCUUGAUCAACACACUGGCUUCCAGGAGCAAGAACCCUGCCCAAUCGAGAUGAGAAAGAACAUGCAGGGCUUUUUUGUGGAUGGCUUGAGUGGGCAGCUGGCACCAGCAUCUCCUUUCAUUUUCGUCUUUUCGUGCCAGGCACUGGGCAUCUACUGCUCCUUCCUGGGAGGGUGUAUAUAUGUAGCAUAUCAUGGGGGAUUGAGAAGCAGGGAGGGAGGUGACAAGUGAACAUCUUCCAGCAAAGGUGGUUGAGACCUGAUGGCCACUGACCUAUGGUGGAGAGGCUAGCACCCAAGGAGCUGUGCCAAAGCUGCAGGUGGGAUGGACUAGGGCCUGGGGCAGGUGAGUUGCCUCCUCCCCAGACAAGGAAGUGCAGUCCUCUGGGAAGAGGGUGUUCUCGAUGCAGGUUGGGACUGAGGCUAGGCAGGAGGCUCCUGGUAGAGGGCAGCUGGGUUUUCCCAGAAGGCUAGUGCCACCAAUCUAGGGGAAUCUGGCCUUCAUGCACUGUAUUUGUCCUGGGUUGAAGUCGGCCAUGAGGCUUCUUACGCCCUUGAGGGUCUGGCUCCUGUCUGUGUUGCUCUGAGGUGCCUAGCGGCCAGCCCUGUGCCCCUCUGCCGGGGGAUAGUAUUUUCUCUCCUGCUGCUGGGAGGCCCACUCUGCUCCCCAUUCCUGCUAGGGCCUGCCUGUGCCACAUUUCCCCACGGAGCAGGGAGCCCAGACCCAUCCUUGGAGGCCAUAAGCCAUCUUUGGUCAGCUUAGAAAUAUGGGGAGCAGGGGACCCCUAGGCCCUUGAGGUGCUCUGGUUGAGGAUGGUGCCGUUCAGGGUGUUAUGGUGGGAGGAGCUUUGCACUGUGGGCCCCGCCCUACCCUCCAUCCCAAUGUAAGGGGCUCUAAUCCUCAGCCACCCCUUUGGACUCUCAGCUCUUGCUCAGAUCUAUUUCCUUUCUGGCUCAUUUUCUAUGGCGGGAGGCACAGUCGGUGUACGGCUGGGUAGGGAAGGGGUCUGAGGCAGGGGCUUUUGGAUCCAGCAGGCGCUGUUGUAUUAUGUAUAUAUUUCUCAAGGUCUGAUUUUAACUGAAAAGCUACGGGCUUGAUUCCUGGCCCCGUUCUGUGGGGCACUGUGUGAUUUUGGUUCCUUGUAACCUGGCUGUCACUGGUUCCAGCCUUAUGGUCAGUUCUGGCCUACAGGGAUGGGUUGGGAGGGGUUGCAGGAACGGCAGGUGCCUUGAGGAACAGGGCUGGGCCCCAGAUGGGCCCCCAGGGGCAGGAGCUGGAGUGAAGGUGAGGCCAUGGGCCGCCUGGUCCUCUAGCACUGGCCGCUGCACAGCCCCUGCCCCCAGGCCACCAGGUUUUGUUUUCAGUUCUCCUGUCACAAAUGCUGCACUAUUCGUUCUUAAUUUUUUAAUCUCAAUUCUAAUUUAUGCCUAUGCAAAAAAUAAAUUAUGCCCAGGAUUAA